GCCAGUGCCUAUCAGCCUCCUCUGCAGCCGUCACAGUAUGAGAGAAAGCAGUUUCAGACAGGGAGUGAAAUAGUUUUGUUGUCAAUGUGCAACGUAGGAGAAGAAAGGGGCUGAGAAAGGAGGUGGGAGUGGAGUAAAUGGACAAUGCAGUGCGACCGGAGGAUGAUGAGUGUGUCUGCACAGCUCUGUUUGCUGGCAUGUGUCACUCUCACUGGACACUUGACUUUGGCUUUGGGCUCAAAUCAAGACGUGGAAUUGACAUUUCUGUUACCUGCCGGCAGCACCGAGUGUUUCUACCAAACCACCGCGAGUAACGACACCAUGGAAGUGGAAUAUCAGGUGAUAGCCGGGUCCGGUCUGGCCGUUGGUUUUGACCUCAUCUCACCCAGCGGACACCGGGUGGUCUCUGACUUCAGGCAAUCUGAAGGCAUCCACACGAUGACUCACACAGAGAAUGGAGAUUACCGGCUGUGUUUCGACAACAGCUUCAGUAAAAUGUCGGUGAAGGUUGUGUUCUUUGGGGUGAGCGUCAGGCCAAACAGCCAGAGCAGUGGAAGUAGAGGCCGAGUCGAGUGGGAGGACAUGGCCAUGACUGACAGCCUGGUGGAGUACAAACUGGAGGACAUCAGGGCGACGAUGGACUCCGUGUACCAGCGACUGGAGAAAACCCGUCAGGUCCAGGCCUCGCUGCGGGCCUUCGAGGCGAGGGACCGCUUCCUUCUGGAGGACAACCUGUGGCGGGUGUCCUUCUGGUCCUGCCUCAACCUGCUCGUCAUGCUCACUGUUGCCGCCACUCAGAUCUACACCCUGCAACGUCUCUUUGACAGCAACAAGCGGACGUGCACCUAGUCGCAACACAACUGUUUCACUGACCUCCAGCUGACACCUCACUGCUCUCACACUGGAGAGCUGGACGUUCAAUUGACAUGUGAGCUGAACUUAAAGGGAUGAACUGAUUCAUCAUGCGCUGAGGAACUUUUUAAAUUACUGCCAAAGAUACUGCUUAUGUUUUGAAUGUUUGGUCCAGUCGUACCAACACCUGAAUCUCUGACUUACAGUACUGGAAUAUGCACAAAUCGAAGGUUGUGCAUAAAGAUGGACGCCGCAGCUCCACUUCCUCCCGCGAUCCAGAAAUGAAGCCCAAAUGACCCGCAGAUGAAAGCUGCCAUCUCCUGCGGACGAUGAUCAAGUGUUUCACCCCAUUUUAAUAGCAACAAAUAAACCUAAAAAUGUCAA